CCGACUGCGAAAUCUAAUCCACCCCCCCCCAUAUCGCUCCGCCAUUAUAAAACUACCUCCGUCUCUCGCCGUCCGUCUUAUUGUCCGCGAUGACGACGCGAGCCGGCGGCGUCAACCCCUUCGACGACGACGACGAUGCGUGGAUGAGGAGGAGGGCAGACAAGUUGGAGGAUGAUGAUGAUGAGGAGGAGUUCGAGGCGCCGCGGACCCGGCAAGAAGAGCUGAGGCAGGAGGUGUUGAGGCGGCAGCGCGCGAUGGCGCAGAGCACGGGGCGCUCCGCGGGGCUCAUCGCCGACUCCGAGAAAGUCGGAGUGGAGACGGCCCAGGAGCUGAUUCGCCAGGGCGAGGCUCUGCGGCGCACCGAAAAGACCCUGGACAAAAUGGACGGCGACCUCACCAUCAGCCAGAGGCACAUCAGCAGCAUCAAGAGCGUGUUCGGGGGCCUGGCCAAUUACUUCCGCUCCAAACCAGAGCCCCCAAAAGCAGAGCCCCCCGUAGAGGACACCGCCCGUGGGAAUGCCAGGCUGCAGGAGGCGCUAGACAAAAGUAAAGAGACUCAGAGUCAGUAUGAGGACUGCCACCCCGUGCUUAGGAAACAAGAGAUGGCUGGUUUUUAUGACGACAUUGGAUCGGAGACGAUGCCGGGUGGUGCUGCCAAGGUUGACGGUUCCAAGAAAAACCCGGUGCUGCAGGCGUACCACCAGAAAAUGGACAACGACCUGGAGGACAUCGGGAUGGGCCUCGGACGCCUCAAGGGCCUGGCGCUGGGACUGCAGAUGGAGAUCGGCGAGCAGGACGAGGUCAUCGACCGUUUGACGUCGCGGGUCGACAAGGUGGACACCCGGGUCAGGAGCACCAACCAGCAGGUCCGCAAGCUCUAGCCAGCGGCGAGCACCGUGCUCGCUAGCGACGAAGACGACGACGACGACGACGAUGGCGGUGGCGGCUGGGACGGCAACUCGCAAACGACACUCGCGAGGGCCUUUGUGUGGAUGAAGUCGUGCGAAAUGCGCGAUUUACCUCGGUCAGUUAACCCAGGUUCACGCCUGGGUCUGUUUCGUAACGUUUUCCCAGCGAGCCUCCGACAUGUCACGUGACCUCAAAGCAUGCGCCUUAGGAUGGCGCAAGUGAUGUGGCGAGGUCACCGUCAGCUUAGUGGCGAAUGUCGGCUAUUGUUGUUGUUGUGGUUGCUGUGUGCGAGGCAUGUAACGAUACGCCCCCGAUACUUGUGUCGAAUCACGUCUGCAGAGGCUUUGUUAUUUUCGAAUCGUGCGUUGUACGGCAUGGGUUCGCGUGACCCCUUAAACGCUAAUUUCACCCAUAUGGCAACAACAAAAAUCUAUCCAUCUCGACCACAAUCUGUGACGAUUAAUCGACUGGAGAUGGCGGAUCGUUGCAUGCCUGGCAUCCUUGUAUUGACGAACGACCACAAGAGCUGGGAUCGUUUCACCUUUUUUGUCGACUUGUUUCUAUUCCCGGCAAAAUUAUUGUAUUUUUGUGUUUUUUUUGUUUACACAACCUGCGUGUUGACUGGUCAAACAACAGCGCUCUCCAUAUAAAGUAAGAACGCAUGCACGCAAGGGGGCUCGCGCACGCGCAGCGCACGUGUGACGGCCUUCGGCCCGCGUGCCGCACUCACGCACUGCUGGGGCUGCCGGUACUGCCGCUAUGCGUUUAUUAUUUCCCUGAAAUCGGCUCUCGGCACGGACGCACGCAGGCAUGCGAAUACGCUCGCCAUCGCGCGCGUGCGUGCGUGCUCCCCACACAUGGAACGCAGCGCGAACGGGGAGCGAGGCAGCGUAAGCACGCAAUGUGCAAA